GGGAGUUUUGUACGACUGUACUCUUUUUUCCUCGUCAUGGUUUUUAUCCCACAGGAUUUUUCUAUGAUAAGGUUUUUAAUGAGGCAGUCUAAAUUAUAAAUAUCUUAUGUAUAAUUAUUAGAGGUCCAAGGGGGAGUAUUAUAAAUAUGUGGACCUUCUAAUUGUCCAAUAAGAUUAACUCCUUAAUGAUGAAGGAGUUACCUCUCCUUUCCUAUAAAUAUGUAGUACACCUCCUUGUUAAUGUUACACACAAAAACCUCAUAAGGAGGCGAACUCCAUUGGAAAGCUACGGGUGGUUCUUGGCAGAUUGGUGCGUGAUGUGGUUCUAUCAAGGGGACAUUCUACGACUUCCACAAGCUCAACACGGACUUGUGGCUGACUAUUACAUCUUCGAUCCGGACUCACCCGAGAUCUUUGAUGGAAUCCUAUACUUAUUGGUUGGUUACGUCUAUUUGUCGGGUUGUAAAAAACUAUUGAAGCAUCAAUACAUUUAUCGUUAUUAAAAAAAUAUAUAUAAUAAAUUUCCAAAGCGCAUUUAACGGAGGGUUUCCAUUCCCUUUGAACAACUUUGUUAAAUGGCGACACACAACCUUCUCUCAAUCUCAAUCUCCCCCUCCACCCACCGGAGACCUUUCCAUCUCGUCGCCCGAUCCCACCGGAGAAUUCGCCGAAAACCUCCGGAUAACGCCAUGUCCGCCGCAGUUUCCUUGUCGGAGCUCCCUCUCCGGCGGGACCCAGACGAUAGUCCGCUUUUAGAUUCUAGAAUUAGUGUUGGGGAAGGAGACAUGUUGACAGCAGAUGUGGAAGAAGAUAGAGACAUUUCUAUUAGAACUCAGCCAUGAAAAAGCCGAUUUUCCAGCAGCAGAAUGAAAUUUUUUGGGGUUGAACUGUCGCCCGAUAAUGUUGCCGUGGCCAUGGUCUAUUUCGUUCAAGGUGUUUUAGGCCUUUCGAGGCUGUCUGUUAGCUUUUAUUUAAAGGAUGAUUUGCAUCUUGAUCCUGCAGAGACAGCUGUGAUAUCGGGUUUCUCUUCGUUACCAUGGCUUGUAAAGCCUGUCUAUGGGUUCAUCAGCGACUCUCUGCCACUAUUUGGAUACCGAAGGAGAUCAUAUUUAGUUCUAUCGGGGCUUCUCGGCGCUCUUUCGUGGAGUUUGAUGGCUGGACUCGUUGACAGCAAAUAUAGUGCUGCAUUUUGCAUACUUCUCGGUUCCCUUUCUGUUGCGUUUUCUGGUGUUGUAGUAGACUCGAUGGUGGUAGAACAAGCUCGUGGUGAGUCGCAAAGCGUGUCGGGAUCUCUCCAAUCCUUAUGCUGGGGUUCCUCAGCUUUCGGUGGAAUUGUGAGCUCCUACUUUAGUGGCUCCCUGGUGGAUUCCUAUGGUGUAAGGUUUGUUUUUGAGGUGACUGCCUUACUACCUCUGAUAACUUCAACAGUGGCUGUUCUUGUGAACGAACAGCGUGUGGUCAGGCCAGCAGCAAGACAGAACAAAACCUGGACGAGUCCUCUCUCUCUUCAAAGCCCGAAGCAGCACAUUAUUCAGCUAUGGGGUGCCAUUAAGCAACCGAAUGUUUUUCUUCCGACCCUUUUUAUUUUCUUAUGGCAAGCCACACCCCAAUCAGAUUCUGCAAUGUUUUACUUCACGACGAACAAACUCGGGUUUACUCCGGAGUUUCUGGGACGGGUGAAGCUCGUGACGUCUAUAGCCUCCUUGCUUGGGGUUGGGCUGUACAAUGGAUUCCUCAAGACUGUACCGCUGAGAAAAAAAUUUCUUGUGACAACAAUUAUUGGCACAGGUCUUGGAAUGACUCAGGUUGGUCCGAACAUGAACAGCCAGCCAUCUUUCUCUAACCAUAUCCCGAGUCCUGAUGAGCGACUCCCGAUCUGCUAUUAUGGCGUAUGCAGGUUUUCCUUGUCACAGGUCUUAACAUGCAGAUGGGGAUAAGCGAUGAGUGGUUUGCCAUUGGAGACUCUCUGAUUCUUACAGUUCUUG